AUGAAUAACGGAAACGGAAACAGCUCUGUAGUCAUCUUUCACGACAUCGAAGAACUUUCACGCACCCCCGUCGGAGAAGAACAUUCGCAUAUCGCCCUCCAAGGAGACCAAGAUAUAGACGACCCACCCAUCACAGACCCAGCCCUCGAAGAACCCAUCAUCAACGACCCGCCGGUCGAAGUACCCCUCCUCCAACUCAGAUCACAACCGCCGCAACCACAAGCACAAUCAUCCGCGUACUCAAAUAUCAUCACUUUGAUCAAGAUCAUCGAGUUGAUCGCUUUGAUCGCCAUGGUUUUUCUCCUCCCCCUUGACUACUUUACUCCUAAACCCGUACCCGCACCCACUCCAACCAGACCACCACCUUCAUCACCAGCCGGACGGUAA